AUGAAGAUAAGCAACUCAACCCAAGUGAAGGAGUUUAUUUUCCUUGGCCUGACCCAGAAUCAAGACGUGAGCCUGGUCCUAUUUCUUUUCCUCCUCUUGGUGUACAUGACAACCCUGCUUGGGAACUUCCUCAUCAUGGUCACUGUGACCUGUGAGUCACGCCUCCACACUCCCAUGUACAUUCUGCUCCGUAACUUAUCAGUUGCCGAUAUCUGCUUUUCUUCUAUCACAGCUCCCAAGGUUCUGGUCGACCUUUUAUCCACGAGAAAGACCAUCUCCUUCCAUGGCUGCUUCACUCAGAUGUUCUUUUUCCACCUGAUUGGAGGGGUGGAUGUAUUUUCUUUGUCGGUGAUGGCACUUGAUCGUUAUGUGGCCAUCUCCAAGCCCUUGCACUACGUGACCAUCAUGAGUAGAAGCCGUUGUGUCAUGUUGAUCGUGGCCUCCUGGGUGGGGGGCUUUGUCCACUCCAUUGUACAGAUCUCCCUGUUGCUUCCACUCCCCUUCUGUGGACCCAAUGUCCUUGACACUUUCUACUGUGAUGUCCCUCAGGUCCUCAAGCUUGCCUGUACAGAUGUUUUAGUACUUGAACUACUAAUGAUUUCCAACAAUGGAUUGCUCACCACCCUGUGGUUUUUCUUACUCCUGGUAUCCUACUUGGUCAUACUCUCAUUACUCAAGUCUCAGGCAGGGGAGGGCAGGAGAAAAGCCAUCUCCACCUGCACCUCUCACAUCACGGUGGUAACCCUGCACUUUGUGCCCUGCAUCUACGUCUACGCCCGGCCCUUCACUGCCCUCCCCACUGACAAAGCCAUCUCGGUCACCUUCACCAUUAUCUCCCCUCUGCUGAAUCCCUUGAUCUAUACACUGAGGAACCAUGAGAUGAAGUCAGCGAUGAGGAGGCUCAGAAAAAGAUUCAGACCAAAUGACAGGGAAUAA